UUAAGCUUUGCUGGAUGCUGUGGGAUGCUGAGAAUUAUAAAAGUUGGAGAGUGUAGAGAGACACAGAAAAGAGGAGAGCUAAAUAUAUGGUAGUAGGAGUAUAUUUUAAAAAUUUUAUAUGUGCAUAAGAGUGAGACAAGAUACAGUUUGGGUCUCUCAUCUGCUUUCAUCUUCAUGCUGAAUAUUGUGUAGAGUGAGAGGAAAUGACGGGCAAGCUGCGAUUAUUAUUCGUGGUUUUUGCCUUGAUUGGUGAAAUAAUUGCUGGACCAGAUCCAUUAGAUCCAAGAAUUACUGAACAAAUACAUGAUGAAGCUAAAUGUUACGAUGAGUCUGGAAAAGCUCAGAGAUGCAUACCACCAUUUGAAAAUGCAGCAUUUAAUUUAAAAGUUGAAGCAACAAAUACAUGUGGUGAAAAUGAUAGACCAACUGAAUUUUGUAAACAAACACAAGUUAAAAAAAAAUCAUGUAAUGUUUGUAGAUAUGGUGAUCAUGUUGCUGAUUAUUUAACUGAUCAUGAUAUUAAUCAAAAUGCAACAUGGUGGCAAUCUGAAACAAUGUUUGAAGGAAUUGAUUCAACACAAGUUAAUUUAACACUACGUCUUGGAAAAACAUUUGACAUAACUUAUGUUAGAGUAUUAUUUGAAUCACCAAGACCAGAAAGUUGGAGUUUUUAUAGAAGAAAAAAUGAUAAAUCAAAUUGGGAACCAUAUCAAUAUUAUUCAGCAACAUGUCGUGAUACAUAUUAUUUACCUGAUUCAAAAGAAACAGUUAGAGGUGAUGAUACACGUGUACUAUGUACAUCUGAAUUUUCUGAUAUAUCACCAUUGACACAGGGUAUUGUUGCAUUUUCAACACUUGAAGGAAGACCAUCUGCCUAUCAAUUUGAUACAAAUCCAGCACUACAAGAAUGGGUUCAAGCAACUGAUUUACGAAUAACACUUGAUCGUUUAAAUACAUUUGGUGAUGAAGUAUUUGGUGAUGAUUCAGUAUUAAAAUCAUAUUAUUAUGCUAUUGCUGAUAUUGCUGUUGGUGCUAGAUGUGCUUGUCAUGGUCAUGCUGGUGAAUGUCUUAGAAUUCCAACUCCAGAUGAUACAUCACGAAGAAUAUGCAGAUGUGAACACAAUACUGCUGGACCAGACUGUAACGAGUGUCUUCCAUUUUACAAUGAUGCACCAUGGAGUCGAGCAACACUGACUGAUGCACAUGAAUGCAAAGCAUGUAAUUGUAAUGGAUAUUCUGAUCGUUGUUAUUUUGACAAAGAACUUUAUACAAAAACUGGACAUGGUGGUCAUUGUAUUGGCUGCAAAGCAAAUCGUGAUGGUGCAAAUUGUGAAAAAUGUCGUGAAAAUUAUUAUGAAAGAUUGGAAGAUAAUUAUUGUGUUCCUUGUAAUUGUGACGAAAUUGGAUCAAGAAAUUUACAGUGUAAUUCAGAGGGUAAAUGUCAAUGUAAACCAGGAAUAACAGGUGAAAAAUGUGAUCGUUGUGAAUCAAAUUAUUUUAAUUUUGAUUCAAUUGGUUGUACAUCAUGUGAAUGUGAUGUAAAAGGUUCAUAUAAAAAUACAGCAUCAUGUGAUUCAGUGAGUGGUACAUGUAGAUGUAAAGAAAAUGUUGAAGGUAAACGUUGUCGUGAAUGUCGUCCUGGUUAUUUUAAUUUAGCACUUGACAAUGAAUUUGGUUGUACACCAUGUUUUUGUUAUGGUCAUUCAUCAAUAUGUUCAACAGCAAAUGGUUAUUCAAAAGCUGUUAUUGAAUCAAUGUUUGUACGUAGUAAUGAAAAAUGGACAUCAAGUAGUUCAACUGGUAAAUUAUCAGUACCAAUUAAAAAUGAUUUAACAACACAAACAAUAUCAGUAACAGCAACAACACGUGAUAAUAUUUAUUUUAUUGCACCAGAAAGAUAUCUUGGUGAUCAACGUGCAUCAUAUAAUCAAGAUUUACAUUUUACAUUGAGAAUUGAUGAAACAGAAGCAACAUUAACACCACGUGAUAUUAUUAUUGAAGGUGCAAAUGGUGAACAAUUAACACAAUCAAUUAUUGGUCAAAAUAAUAAUCCACCAACAACAAUUGCUCAACAUUAUAGAUUUCGUUUAAAUGAACAUAAAAUUUAUGGUUGGGAGCCACAUUUAUCAGCUCAUUCAUUUAUAUCAAUAUUAUCAAAUUUAACAUCAAUUAAAAUACGUGGUACAUAUACAAAUCAAGGUACUGGUUAUCUUGAUAAUGUUGCACUUGAAACAGCUCAACGUGGUGCUGCUGGUGAAACAGCUGAUUGGGUAGAAAAUUGUCAAUGUACACAUGGUUAUAUUGGACAAUUUUGUGAAUCAUGUAGACCAGGUUUUCAUCAUGAUCCACCAAAUGGUGGUCCAUUUUCUUUAUGUGUACCAUGUAAUUGUAAUGGUCAUGCUGAUAUUUGUGAAGCUGAAACUGGUCAAUGUAUAUGUCAACAUAAUACAACUGGUAGUAAUUGUGAAUUAUGUUCACGUGGUUAUUAUGGUUAUCCAUUAAAAGGUACACAAAAUGAUUGUCAAUCAUGUCCAUGUCCAGAUAAUGGUCCAUGUAUAUUAAUUGGUAAUAAUCCAGAUCCAAUAUGUACUGAAUGUCCAAUUGGUAGAACUGGACCACGUUGUGAAAUAUGUUCAGAUGGUUAUUUUGGUAAUCCAGAUAAAGGUAUAUCAUGUCGUCCAUGUGAUUGUAAUAAUAAUAUUGAUUUAAAUGCUGUUAGAAAUUGUAAUCAUGAAACUGGACAAUGUUUAAAAUGUGUUAAUAAUACUGCUGGUUUUCAUUGUGAUGAUUGUUUAAGUGGCUAUUGGGGUGAUGCAUUAUCAGAAAUUAAAAAUGAAGGUUGUAAAUUAUGUCAAUGUAAUAAUUUAGGUACAAUUGAAACUGAUGAUAAUACUGGUAAUGUACAACCAUGUAAUCAAUUAUCUGGACAUUGUACAUGUAAACCACAUGUUACUGGUAGAAAUUGUGAUAAAUGUGAAGAUGGUUAUUAUAAUAUUGAUAGUAAUGAAGGUUGUAAAGCAUGUAAUUGUCAUCCAGAUGGUUCAUAUAAUCGUACAUGUGAUUUAUAUAGUGGACAAUGUCAAUGUAGACCAGGUAUAACUGGUUUACAAUGUGAUUCAUGUAUGACAUUUCAUUAUGGUUUUGGUAGAGAUGGUUGUAAACAUUGUGAUUGUGAUAAUAUUGGAUCAAAAGAUUUACAAUGUGAUGCCAAUGGACAAUGUCCAUGUUUAUCAAAUGUUGAAGGUAGAAAAUGUGAUAGAUGUAAAGAAAAUAAAUUUAAUCGUCAAUAUAAAUGUGAAGAUUGUCCUGAUUGUUAUAAUCUUGUACAAUUAUCGGUUAAUCAACAUCGUAAACGUUUAUCUGAACUUGAAUUAACACUUAAAAAAAUUAAUUUAUCACCAACUGUUAUUAAAAAUUCAACUUUUGAUGAUGAUUUAUUAAAUGUUGAAACACGUGUUAAAGAUUUAUUGAAGCUAACUAAAAUUGGAUUAAAUAAUGAUAAUAAAACACUUGUUGAACAAAUUGAUGAUUUAAAAAAUCAACUAAAUCAAAUUGAUAAAUUAACGAAAAAUAUUAAUACAACAAUUGAUAAUGCAAAUAAAACAACACACGAUGGUUUAUUAAAUAUUGUUGAUGCUGAAAAUAUAUUAGAUAAUAUACAUGAAAAAUUAAAAAAUGCUGAAGAUUAUUUAGCAACUGUUGGUGUAACAGCAUUAAAUGAAGCAAAAAAACGUGCUGAUGAAGUUGGACAACAAAAUCAACAAAUGACAAAUAUUGCACAAGAAGCACGUAUUAUUGCUGAUGGUAAUACAAAUGAAGCUAAAAAAAUUCAUCAACUUGCUGAACAAGCUAGAAAUACAUCACUUGAAGCAUAUAAUUUAGCUAAAUAUGCAUUAUCAAAAUAUUCAAAUAUAUCUGAAGAAAUACGUGAAUUAGAAAAUAAAUUUGAAUUAUUAAAACAUAAAUAUAAUAAUGUUAAUAAUUUAACAACAAUAUCAUUUAUUAAAUCAUCAAAUGUUGCUAAUGAAGCAUUAGAUUUAUUAAUACGUGAUUUAACAAUACCAGAUAUUGAUAUUGCUAAAUUACAAUUACAAAUUGAAAAAAUUAAUAAUGAAAGUUUAAUAAUAAAAGAACGUGCACAAUUAUUAAUACAAAAUAAUGAUAAUUUAUUUAAUGAAAUGUUUGAUAAAAUUCAUAUUACUGAAGAAUUAUUAAAUAAAGCACAAAUACAACAAGAAGCAACAACUGAAUUAUUAAGUGAAGUUGAUGAUUCAGAAGCUAAAGCAAAUGAAGCUAUUGAACGUAGUAAUAAAACAUUAAAUGAAGCACAAGAAACAUUUAAUAGAUUAAGUGAAUUUGAUGCUGAAGUACAACGUGAACGUAUUAAAGCACAAAAAUCACUUGAAAAAAUUAAUGAAAUACGUGAUAUGAUUGAUGAAGCUAUUAAAAAAUCAAAUAAAACACAAAUUGAAUUAAAUGAUGCUGAAAAUAAUGUUAUUAUUGCUAAAAAUAAUACUGAUAAAGCACAAAAAAUUGCUGAUGCUGCUGGUACUAUUGCAAAUAAUAUAUAUAAUCAAACAAAUAAAACAAAAUUAGAAGCAUGGAGAUUAAAUAAUGAAGCUGAAAAAUUACAUAUGAGAAUUGAAAAUACUGAACAAAUUGUUAAAGAAUAUGAAUCUAAAAUUGGUGAUGAUUUUAAUGAUACAACAAAUGUUAAUCAUCAAGUUGGACAAACAAGAAAUAAAUUUAAUUCAGCUGGACAACAAGUUGAUAAAGCACUUUAUGAUGUAUCAACUAUUAUUGAUGAAUUAAAAUCUCUACCAGAAAUUAAUGAUUAUGAUUUGGAUAAACUUGAAGAACGUUUAAUAUCAGCUGAAAAUGAAAUUAAACAAACAAAUUUAGAUGAAAGAAUACGUCUUUUAACUGAAGCUAAAAAUUUACAAACACAAUGGGUUAAAAAUUAUGAAGAUGAAGUUGCUAGAUUAAAAAUUGAAGUUCAAAAUAUUGAAGAAAUUAAAAAUUCAUUACCAAAUGAAUGCUUCAAGAGACUACAACUUGAACCAUUAUAAUUUUUUUCUUUUUCCUUUUUUUAUUAUUUUCAUAAAUUUUUUUUUUUUUUUUUUUUUUCCUCAAAUAAAGUGCCAUAAUUAAAGCUAAAAUAUUAACAAAUAAUAAUCAAAAUUUUUCUUUUAUAUAAUCAUCAUCAAGUGAGUGUCUUGUUAAUUUAAAAAUAUUUUUCAUUUAAAAAAUACUAUACCAAAGACUCGAUAAUAAUAAUCGAAGUAUACUGAUCAAAAAUCAG